CGGUAAUGCCCCACGGUACCGAGGGGUAAACUGCCAAUAAAUAAAAAGAAGAAGAAGCGCUCUCUCUGGACCUAUCCGGGCCUUUCUUUUGUGUUCUCUUCUCCCAACCAAACAAGCUCCUUCCAUCGGAUGCGACAAAAUAAUCCUGACCGAAGGGGAACGCAAUCAAAAACAUCAAGCUAAAGAGCAGAGACGUCGAAGAUGAGGAGAGGAAAUCCAGGCCACGACGAGCAACUGUAAAACUGUAAAAAGAAAAUGAGGUAUCCCGCAGACGUCACUAUUAUAGAGCUUCACCCUCAGAAGCACGAUCCCCUCCACGUUAAACAGAAGGAGUCGGAGAUGCCGUACAUUAAACAGGAGGAGAAGCCAGAGACCCCCAGCAUUAAAGAAGAAGAAGAAGAACAGGAAGAUCAAAUCACAACGUGUCCAAUGACUGUCAGUGUGAAAAGUGAAGAAGAUGAAGGUCCAAUCGAAAAGAGCGGAGCAGCGAAACCUUCAAGCGACGGCUCAUUUCAACACCCGACAACAAAAGGAGAGGGACAAUCGCAACAUGACUCUUUGUUAGCGCCGCUCUCACACAGUGACGACGUAACUUCACACUCUUCUGAUUUUAACACUGAUGAGGAGGAUAAAAACUUUGACCAAAAUGCUAUAAAAUCCUUAAACAAUUCCUCAUUGAAAAGAGGCACAAAGGCGGUUUGGAGACCUUUUACCUGCUCACUUUGUUAUAAAUUAUUUUCUCUGAAACAUCACCUAAAAAGACACAUGUAUACACACACUGGAGAAAAGCCUUUUGGCUGCACACUUUGUAGUAAACAAUUCGCUGACAAAGGAAGUUUAAACAUACACACAUUGACACACACUGGAGAAAAGCCUUUUCCAUGCUCGGUUUGUGAAAAAAAAUAUUCUAGGAAAAAUCAAUUACAGAGACACAUGUAUACACACACAGGGGAGAAGCCUUUUCUCUGCGCAAGUUGUGGUAAAAGAUUCAUCGAGAAAAGAGAUUUAAACAAUCACACACUCACACACACUGGAGAGAAGCCUUUUCUCUGCUCAGUUUGCAAUAAAAGAUUCUCUCAGAAAGUACUACUAAACCGUCACACAAAAUUACACACUGGAGAGAAGCCCUUUCCCUGCUCAGUUUGUGAUAAAAGAUACUUCAGAAAAUCACAUUUAAUCAGUCACACAAGAACACAUACUAGAGAGCUUUUUCAAUGCACAUCUUGUGGUAAACAAUUCACUAGUAUUGGCUGUUUAAAGAAACACACAAGGAAACACACUGGAGAGAAGCCUUUUGUCUGCUCAGUUUGUGAUAAAAGAUACUUCACUAAGUCACAUUUAAUCACUCACACAAGAACACACACUGGAGAGAAGCCUUUUCAAUGCACAUCUUGUGGUAAACAAUUCACUGAGAAGGCAUCUUUAAACAAACACACAAAGAGACACAUUGGAGAAAAGCCUUUUGUCUGCACAUCUUGUGGUAAACGAUUCACUGAGAAGGCACAUUUAAACAGACACACACUCACGCACACGGGAGAAAAGCCUUUUGUCUGCACAAGUUGUGGUAAAAGAUUUUGUACGAAGCAUGAGUUAACAAUACACACGCGUACACACACUGGAGAGAAGCCUUUUUCCUGCUCUCGCUGUGAUAAAAGAUUUUGUACGAAGCUUGAGUUAACAAGACACACGCGUACACACACUGGAGAGAAGCCUUUUUCCUGCUCUCGUUGCUAUAAAAGAUUUUGUUCGGAGCAAAGGUUAACAAAACACAUACGUACACACACCGGGUGAAAAGGCUUUUCUCUGCACACUUUGUGGUAAAAGAUUUACCCGGAAGGGAGAUUAAACAAUCACUCAAAAAGACGCACCUAAUUUACUUACGGCUUACUGCUUUUCAAAAUUUGAAUUCUGAUUGUCAACAAUACUUUGAUGCUUCCCUUCUUUUGUUUUUUUGUCCAAUUUCCUAGCUUUAUCUAUCUUUAUCACAUUAUACAGGGAUGGAGACCGAAAUAUAUAUAUAUGUAUGUAUAUAUAUAUAUAUAUAUAUAUUUACAGUCUAUGUAUGGCGGAAAACACUCAGGUGACUUGAAGUUCUGCUCUGAGACCCCCAUUUGGCCAAAUUUAAAAAUUGUCCUAUAUGCAUGUGUGAUACAUCAUUGGAAAGCUUAAAGUGAUCCUCUGAUUUAAAUACAUGUAGGCUCUAAUAAACCACAAUUGUUCUCUUGUACUAAAAUAUGUUGUUAGAAACACAUAAAAUGUUAAAUCAAUGGCAAUAUUUUAUAAUAUUUAGUCCAUAUUUUGACCGUUAGUUGGCGCCAUGGUUUGCGGGCUCUCAGUGAUGACGUAAUGGGUAUCUUUCCGAAUGUGUAGCGUGUUCAAAAAUUGCUUAUUGCUGCCUAAACUCGCGAAGUAAAAUGCCGCGAUGUGCUGCUUUUGGAUGCAAUUUCCAGUCAAAUGGAAAUAAAGGGAGUGAAGUGAGUGGUCAAGGUGGAAUUAUUAUUUUUAGUGAAUAAAUGUGCAUAAGUGGACGCUUCUCCCCCUUUUUGGUCCCUGUAUGCAUGUAUCCUACCCACCACGCGUUACAUCUGGCGCCCGAACAUUUUUCCUGGAUCCUCAGUCAAGUAAGGGUCCCAUCGCGUCUGCAAUAAUGGUUUUGGAUCUGUCCAUUUAUUUUUAUUCGUCGGUCCCACAGCGGCUUUCGGAUCCGUCUAUUUUGUGGAAUCGACGGCCUAACGGCUGCGAUAUUACCAUGGGAUCGGUCUAAUUCCUGGAUCUUUGAGUGAAUAAUAAACGCGGAUUUGGAUUACUAUUGCUAUCUUUUUUGUUGACUAUUCUUCGUGGGAGUUUUCCACAAAUCAUACUAAAUAAUUAAAGCACAAUGGCACGCUAGUGUGACGACAGUGACUCUGACGUGGACCUUACAACAAUGUUGGAGUUCGUCAGGGAAUGCGUGUUUGUGUACUGCUGAGCUCCCGAGUGAAGAGUGGUCAAGGUGGAAAUAUUAUUUUUUGUGAAUAAAUGUGCAUAACUGGAAGCCACUCCUCUUUCUGGUACUUUUAUACACGUAUCCUAGCUACCACGCGUUACAAUGUACAAGACAUGGAUUACACAAGGUGUGCUCUUUGGCCUGUACUGUAUGUAAAGCACACGACAGCUCUGGAUGCUAACAAUCUACAUAAUUGGGAAAACGUUUGAAAAUGCAAUAUGCUUACCUUGAAUAUCUGCUAGUAAAACCGGAGUUCCCGAAUCCCAACAGCAUGCACUCUCGCUCCCAACUGGGGUUCCCAACAGGACUCUCUCGCAUCACCAGUUUUGCGACCGACAGUGCUGUCCUGCUCUUCACUAUUCACAUCUGGUUCAAAUAGGAAGGGUAGAACUGACGACAUGUUGGGAAAGCUAACGAGUGACAAGCUGGAAUUUCGGCAUUCGGGGCCAGUGACGUCACGCACUGCGAUGUAACAAGAAUGGCGACCUAUCACUUAAAAUAAUUUUACAAACUUUAUUCAAACCAAAACAUUAAGAGGGGUUUUAAAAUCAAAUUAUUAUAACUCAUACUAACAUUUAUGUUUUAAGAAUUGUCUUAAAAAUAGAGGAUCCCUUUAAAAUCCUAAUUUUCUGUGGGAAGAAAAAUUUUGAACUGGAGGGUACUUUAAAAAAUUUUUUUUUUUAAACUGCAAAACCCUAAUGGGAGGCGAGAGCAGAAUUAAAGACGCCACGAUUUUAACGAGAUAUUAUCGCGGACUUACCUCGUUUCAAUCCAAAAACUAUGCAGCAUGUAACACCGAGUGUCAAGACAGCUGUGAAUGGCCACAGCCGGAUUUUAUUGGAUUUUAUGGGUGAAAUGUGAUUUAACGAAGGUCGCGAUGUAGAAAUCGCAGACUAGAGGGAGUGGUCGAGAUUUUCUUUGUCAUACAUUUACGUUAUUUUUCAAUUUUUCUUUGUUUGGAUCGAAUAUUUAUCAUCUAAAAUAUUGGGGAAAAUGCGACCGUAACGAAAAAAAUACAAUUAAGCGAUAGUUAUGAGGUUGAUAUCCGUGACUUUUCUACAGACGCCAAAUUUUUAAUUGUGACGUCAUUUGUUUAAAAGUUUAAAAAAAUGCAAGGGAAUAAUUUUUUAAAGUCGUUUUUUUUUUUUUUUUUUUUUUUAUGAAAUAUUAGACAUCAAUUAAUAUUUCAAAGGAAAAAAUGGCAGACAUUUCGAAUAAUAAAUACGAUUACUUCUUUUUAUGGCUAGGUUGAAACAAAAGCGGUUGCGCGACAUCUGUGAACGGGGGUUUCCAGGGUAAAACAGACUAAUUAAAAAUAGUUUGGGGGCUUAUUACGCCAUGAAUCUGCUAUGGCAGCAUAUAGACAUAUUGUUCUAUCAAACACAACAGUUCUCUUGGCUUAAAAUACAGCAGUUUAUUUUAAAGAGGGGUGCAAGAGCAGAAACUGCUUUUUCAACCUUGUCUGUGUUUUCUGCCAUAUAUAUAUAUAUAUAUAUUUUUUUUUCUCAGCAUGUUGUUCACUAUUGUGUUUUCAUUAAAAAUUGCCUUUCAAGUUGACAUAUCUGUUCUAUUUGUUGGAUUUUAUCAAGUAAGUUCCCCCCAAAAUGAGACUUGUACUCCGGUGCGACUUAUGUUUUUUUUUCCCUCUUCAUUGCGCAUUUUUGGGCUGGUGCGACUUAUACUCAGGUGUGACUUAUAGUCCGAUAAAUACGGUAAGUAUUUUCAGUCAUAAGACUAAGACAAAAAUUAAAAAGGCUGACAAAAACAAACACUGGGCCGAACCGUUUUUGGCAAAAACUGAAUUCAACUUUUAUACUUAUUAGCUUCCUGUAGUUUUUCAUGUGUAAAUGAUGUGAUUUGGACCAAAACUGUGAG